AAUAACUUGUGAAGUGGUCCACUCUGAACCGUAUUGUACAUAUUUGUUGAUAAUUAUGAUACCUAAUGUCAUCUAAAUUUGUUGUAAAUAGUGAUAAAGCGAAUCCCAGGUUGUUACCCGGUUAAGAGAAGAUAAGUUACAUAGUGAAACUGUCAAACUUAUCGAGGUUAAGUUUUGAACAGAUGACAUAAUAUUACUCGUAAAUGCAGCAAAUUCGAGUGGUGUUGGUUUAUUUUCUGCCAUGACUCAUACCUACUCAGUUGAUGAUGAUACGUUGCUGAUCGCACAUAAAAUGUCUGACACUAGCAAAAAGCGAACAAAUAGCUUUCGAAAACUAUUUCCACAAUUAUUUUUUUCCCAAAGAAGUAAAGAAAAGACUACAGUUGGUAAAGAUCUCAAAAAUCAGAAGAGUAAUCCUGAGCAUUCUCUGAUAAGUAACCAAUAUCAAAACCCUCAAACGGUUACAGCAAAAGCAACUCAAGUAAAUGAAACAAGUGAUGAAAAUAUUUAUGAAAACCUUACAGCAUCGCAUCGUAUAUUUAGUGAAAACGAUAACUACAGCCAAGACAUACCUAGUAAUCAUUCAUCAAGCAGCACUCUGGUCUCAGAAAGUGUUAAAAAUAAAUUAAUUGUUGAAAAUGAUGUAAAUGAAAUAGUUAACUACAGAGAGAUUGAUUGUAGAUAUUAUAAUGCCAAGCCGCAAGUCCCCCGGAAACCUCAGAGUGAAAUAAUCCACAGUAAAAUGAGCGAUAACUCGAUAGUAGAUAGUUUCAAAACUCCACAAUAUCCAGAUGUAUAUUAUCAUUCUCUAGAAAAAUUGACAGGUAAAAUAACACCUCUUGAUGAAAUUGAUAUUUAUAGAGCUUCAAAAGUUCAUGCCGAUCCUGCUGCAGUAGGCGCAGAAAUAAAAAAAGUCAGUACUAGAUUUCUUAUUUCACCCAAGAAAGAAGCGGAAGUACGCACUAUUCAACCAAAUAGGGCUCGCAGCUUAUCACUGGAUAAGAAUAAUGACAGAUUGCGUAACAGAAAUACUGAUAAAGACAUUUUUAACGAAAUUAUUAUAAAGCCAUACAAUUAUUCAGCACCCACUUCACCAAUGCCAAUUAUUCAUAAGAUCCCAAAUAUGCCUAAGAUGGUGUCACCUUAUGAACAUGUUAGAAAGACAAUGAUGGAAGCGGAAGAAAAGCGAAAUUCACUUAGUCGAUCUAGUCAACGAAAUAAGUCUUCGCCUUCACCCAGACAACUAGAUCAAAAUGAAGUCAGAUCUGUACAACCGCAUAAAGAUAAUGUUAAAGUUGACAAUGUUGCAGUGGAAAAGGAAAAAACUCGUCAGAAAGUAGAGGCAUUUUAUUGGCAAAAAUUAAAAGAACAGAAGCUGAAGGAAGACGAGUUUUUAUUAAGGCAGUCUAUGAGAUCUCCCAUGCAUGGUCAUAAUAAUACUACAUACAACAUGACAUAUUCUAACUCUAGUUGCAGUUCUCCAAACUCUUUUAUCAUAGAGCCCAGAAGUUACAGUUUACCAAGAGGCAAAGAGUUAACGAAUUAUAUAACAAAUCAAACAAUAUAUUCGAAAUCUCCAUUCGUAAGAAAUGCUCCAGAAAGACGAACUGAUUCAUUUAUAAAGGGCCGAAGUGAAUUUUAUGGAGAGCAAGAUAUAAUUUAUAGACAUCCUGAAAAGUUAUUUAUAAAGGACAGCGUUUUAUCAAUAGUAGAAGAUAAAAAGCCUGUGGUAAUUUUAAAUCGAGGUACCUUAUCGCAAGAAACGAGAGAUAUUAAUCAGCAAACCAAACGAGUCAGUUUUGAAGAGCAGUACUUAAAUAAUGCUACUGUACAAGUGAACGAUGCGAUCAAAAAGCUCAGCACGGAUUCUAAAGAGGCGAAUGAGUGUGUGAAAACAAUUAAUUCUCAGGUCGAGUAUUCGCCAAAUGCUUUGAAAAUCAGAAGCGGAAGCAGGGGAUCUUCAAGUAUUCCCCCAAAGCCGCCUGUUCGUACGACAAGUGUUAACAGUGUCGGAAAAAAUAAUAAAGUAAUAAAUAAUAACAAGAAAAACAACUCUCAAUUUGGUGGCCAAAUUAUUUAUUCCGAAUCAGAGAGCGGCUCCGAAGCUAGUGAAAUUCAGAGGAUUCUUCAAAACAACUCCCGUAAAGGUAAGUUUUUAUUUACUCAAGUUUAAGCGAUAAAUGUCUUAAGUUCUGAUCGAAAGUAUGGUUAUGAUGUCGGCCGUUUGGUGUAGUGGUUCAGAACGGACUACUAUGCCGAG